AUGUCGUGGCAAAGUGUCCCUCAGUAUCCCCAGUACCAAGAUCCAAAUCAGCAAUACAACUACGGUGGCGGCUAUCCACCGCAAGGAGGCUACGGCGGCGGAGGCUAUCCGCCUCAAGGACCUCCUCCGCAAGGCGGUUACCUGCCCUAUGCCCAGGGUGGUGCUCAACCCUAUCCACAGGGACCGUAUGGCCAACCCUAUGGCCAGGGACCACCACCAGGUGGCUAUGCACCGCAGCCGGGCUUCAUUCAGCCACCACCUUCGGCGGGCGGCUAUGGCGCCUACGACGAUCCAGAGAGUCAGCCCAAAAACUUUUCCUUCGACGACCAGAGCAUCCGUCGCGGUUUCAUACGCAAAGUCUAUUUGAUUCUAAUGGGUCAACUGUUGGUUACUUUCGGAGCAGUUGCCCUGUUCGUCUUUCACCAAGGAACUAGAAACUUCGCCGCCAAGAACAUGUGGCUCUUCUGGGUGGCUCUUGGCGUAAUGCUGGUCACCAUGCUGAGUAUGGCCUGUUGCGAAAGCGUUCGCCGGCAGACACCGACAAAUUUCAUCUUCUUGGGAAUAUUUACAAUCGCUCAAUCGUUCUUAAUGGGCGUAUCGGCCACUCGCUAUGCCCCCACCGAGGUACUCUUGGCUGUGGGUAUAACGGCGGCUGUUUGUCUAGCCCUCACGCUCUUUGCGCUGCAAACCAAAUACGACUUUACCAUGAUGGGCGGCAUUCUGAUUGCCUGCAUGGUGGUAUUCCUGAUCUUCGGCAUUGUGGCCAUGUUUAUGAAGGGAAAAAUCAUCACACUUGUGUACGCCUCAUUCGGAGCGCUUCUGUUCUCCGUGUACCUCAUCUACGAUACGCAGCUGAUGAUGGGCGGCGAUCACAAGUAUUCGAUCAGUCCCGAAGAAUACAUCUUCGCUGCGCUGAAUCUCUAUCUGGACAUCAUCAACAUCUUCAUGUACAUUCUGACUAUAAUUGGAGCCUCGCGCGACUAAGGGCGACCGAUUCAACGGGCAGACGAUCUGCACAUUUCCAAAUGCAUAUUCUUUACAGUUUUAACCGGAUAUAGCUUUAGCCGGCUUAUCGAUAUUGUUGUCGCAUAAUCUCAUUCGCCUCUAACCUGUUCUGAAAUUGAGAAACGAAAUGAAAUGUCGGCAAUCUUCAACUUAAAGAUUACUCAAUUCGAUCCACUAUCUAUGUAUAUCUUCUCGUUGUGUUUGGCCAGUUCCAAUUUCCUUAAAUGUAGUUUGCAAGGUAAAGUGAAUACAAAACUAAUAUUUUAAUUUACUUUUUGUUAUGUAAUUCGUAUUUAAGCUGGUUUCCGACAUGCAUAAAUCUGUUUGAAUGUCUUCAAAUAUUUCCCCUCAGCCUCUUCAGAUCAUUAUCGAAAUUCAGUUGCGAGGAUAAUUAUUAAAUACCAAAUUGAUAUGCCAUUCAAAUAAUAACAAUAAAUAGUCACGUAUAUACAUAUUUAUAUGAGCAUAUACUAUACCUACAUAUACAUAUAUUAUAUAUGCAACACUGCUUGCAAUUGUUAAAUACGUUUAACUAUGUAAAAAAAGGGCAAACAAA